AACAUUCAGGGGAUUUCCUAGUGGUCUCCCAUCCAUGUAUUAACCAGGUUGAAUUCUGCUUAACCCAGCAUUUUUUUUAACGUCUACUGAGGACCAUUUGGGAUGUUCAGUUUUAUAGGUAGUCCUUGCUUACCCCUUCGGUGACCUUUCAAAGUUACGAAGGCGCAGAAAAAGGGGACCUACCAACGGCCCUCGAAGUGUCCCCCACUCACGCGAUCGCCAUUUGCAACCUUCACAGCUGGCUUCUGGCAAACAAGCUCAAUGGGGUAGCAGGCAGCAAGUUGCAAGUCCUAGUUAUGUGAUGUUGCGCUUAAUGAUCCACGGUGAUCCACUUAACAAUUUCAGCUGGAAACGAUGUUGUAAGUUGGUGCAGUCACGUGACAUCAUGCUUAAUGACCACACUGCUUAACGACAGAUUUGCCAGUUCCAAUUGUGGUUGGCAAAUGAGGACUCCCUGUAUUGUGAUGUCACCGGAGUGGGUGUAAACAGUAUUUUCUUCCCUUUCUCAUUUGGAGCUGCGGAACUUAAUGGGAAAAACCAGUGCUUUAAAUCUCGCAGAGGCUUUGGGCACCAUGAAAUCUGUUAAAGCCCCCACCCCUCUAGAAUUUGACCCAAAAGUUUGACCAUACCCACUUCUGAGACAUUUUGGAGGCUGAAAUAGAAAUACGUUUUCUCCAUACUUACAUUUGUAGCUGUGUAUAUCUGUAUUUCUCUCUGCAUGCAUAUGUGUGUAUGUGUAGAAUCUAUCGCCAGCACCUCCAGCUGCAUUUGAUGAUGGCCCUUUGCAGUACUAAGGAUUUGUGAUUGACCCAAGUCAACAAGUGGGUUUCAUGGCUGAGUGGGUAUUUGGACUUGGAUCUCACUAGUCUUCUGUGUUCCAAAUGAUCAUAAUGAAUGUUGAAGGUUAAUCUAGCAUUUGGGCAUAUUUGCCUUUUCACUGUAAUCUAUGCUUUUUUUUCCUUGUUGUUUUCAUAUGUUGUACAGCCAUUUUGCCAACAAUAAUUAAACUAAGAUUUUUAUGUGAAUCUUCUAGAGAAAGAGGAUGCCAAGGAGAACAUUGUGGACAACUGAGAAUCACAAGCAGCAUUAAAAAGGAAAAUUAAUGAAGCCAACAGUCAAAAUCUUUUCCACUUCCUCCAGAGAGCCAGAAAACUCUUCUCCUUUUCCAGCAUGAGGCAGACAAAACAGUAAGAGAUUUUCAAGCUGGAAAAAAUUGAGUAUAUGGAGCUCAAUGAAACAUUACAUAAAAAGGUCAAGGGGGAUAAUUUCCAAAUUCAGGAAAAAAAGGAAAUAGUGGAAGUUAGUAGGGGCAAAGGGGUCACGUGGUUAGCCACGUAGGGCAGAGAGUAAUGCAAGCUUCACCCUGUGAAGAGGGAAACAACAGUUUGAAUCAAAGCACCAUCCAAGAAGGGAUCAGAAAUAUUUUUGACCUCCUCGAGAAUCCAAGAAUAUCACUGGUGGAAAAGCCUCAUAGAACUCCAUAUUGUGGAGAAAGCACAGACUGCAGAUCUCAGUUGAUUAUGCACGAGAGAAUCCACACCGGAGAAAAGCUGUAUGGAUGCUCCCAGUGUGGGAAGGUCUUUCGGUACAGCUCCCAACUUUUUGACCAUAAAAGGACCCACACCGGAGAGAAGCCUUACGAGUGCUCUCAAUGUGGGAAAAGCUUUAGCAGGUACGCCACCCUGUUGAUACACCAGAGGACUCACACCGGGGAGAAACCGUAUGAGUGUCCGGAUUGUGGGAAGAGUUUCAGUCAGAAUUCAAACCUGGUGAUACACCAGAGGACUCAUACAGGAGAGAAACCAUAUGAGUGUCUGGAUUGUGGGAAAGGUUUCAGUCAGAAUUCAAACCUGGUGAUACACCAGAGGACUCACACUGGGGAAAAACCAUAUGAGUGUACCGAUUGUGGGAAAAGUUUCAGGCAGAAUUCCAGUCUGGUAAUACACCAGAGGACUCACUCUGGGGAGAAACUGAAUGCAUGUGCAGAUUGCGGGAAAAGUUUCAUUCGGAAUUCUGACCUGGUGAUACACCACAAGAUUCACACUGGAGAGAAACUCUAUGAGUGUCCAGAUUGUGGGAAAAAAUUCAUUUGGAAUUCCGAACUGGUGGUACACCAGAGGACUCACACAGGAGAGAAACCAUAUGAGUGUCCGGAUUGUGGGAAAAGAUUCAGUCGGAAUUUCAACCUGCUGAUACACCAGAGGACUCACACAGGAGAGAAACCCUAUGAAUGUCCGGAUUGUGGCAAAGGUUUCAGUACUAGUUCUGGCCUUAUAAAUCAUGCAGGUUUACACACGGGGGAGAAACCGUAUGAGUGUCCAGGUUGUGGGAAAAGUUUCAGUCGGAAUUCCGACCUGCUGAUACACCAGAGGACUCACACAGGAGAGAAACCCUAUGAGUGUUUAUAUUGUGGGAAAAGUUUCAGUCAGAAUUCCUACCUGGUGAUACACAAGAGGACUCACACAGGAGAGAAACCAUACGAAUGUCUGCAUUGUGGGAAAAGUUUCAGUCGGAAUUCUGACCUAGUGAUACACCAGAGGACUCACACAGGAGAUUCACCAUGAGAGUAUCCAGGUUGUGGGAAAGGUUUCAGUACUAGGUCUAGCCUUAUAAACCAUGUAUGUUUACACACUGGGUAGAAACCAUUCAAACAGCCUGGCCACAGACAGUGCUUCACCCAAAAUUCCUCCCUUAUUGCACACAACAAAAUCCCAUUGGAAAUCCAGCUGAGAAAUUAACUAUUUAGUUUCUGGCCUGAUUCUUUUUAGUGAAACAUGUCUCAGUAUUACAAACGAGGGAGGA